AUGUCUGCCGAAAAAUUAGUGCGUGAUAUAGGCGAUGUUUAUGGCAAGUUGUUUAACCAUCACGGGCCUAUUCAAAGAGAAGUGAACUUCUACGUUCAAGAAUUUGAGACGAAGCGUAAAGAUAGAGAGCUUUCGCGCCUAAAUCAGGCCAGUGUUAACUGUGGUCAUAUCGAAACUUUACUGCCAGAAGUCGAUGAUUUGGCGAAGGAACAUGUUCAAACGGUGUUGGACAGAGCCGAGAAUGCGAUAACGAAAGCAAACGCGAUCCUGGAAAAUAAGCUGCCGGAAGAGAACGCGGAGAAAGUGGAAGAGAGGAGGGCGAGAAUGGAUAACGAGUGGAAAACAUUGAGGAAAAAAUUAACUUUUCCCGAGAUCAGGCUGAACUUUGCCAUAUUGAAAGGAUGGAACAGCUUAAAGAAGAUAUCAACGUUUACAAGAGGAUACAAAAGGAAAAUAGUUUAA